UCAUAAUUACUCCAAAUAAUAAAUAAAUUUCCAAUUCCUAAGCCCCAACGUUAGAAUUUCAUAGAAACAGAGGAUUUUAGACUCUUUUUUUUUAUGAUUAAUGGCUGCGAGUGCGAAUCCGACGGGGAAUAAUCAGGAAGGUUCGUCGAACCAGAACGUAACGCCGCCGCCUCCACCACCAGCCAAUGGCGUUUCCGUCAAUUCGAACAACAGCGGGGGUAAUACAUCCUCCGCAGCCGCCGCCGCCGCCGCCGUCCCGUCUGAUACUCAGUCCGCGUUAAGGCACAACCCUGGCAUCUCCCUUGAUUGGAUUCCUGAAGAACAAACGAUGCUCGAAGAUUUGCUAGUCAAGUUUGCUUCAGAUUCGACCAUUGUUCGCUAUGCAAAGAUCGCGAAGCAGUUGAAGGAUAAAACAGUUCGGGAGGUGGCAUUGCGUUGUAGAUGGAUAUCUAAAAAGGAAAAUGGAAAACGAAGGAAAGAGGAUCAUAAUUCAGCAAGGAAAAGUAAAGACAGAAGGGAAAAGGGUACAGACUCUUCGGCAAUGUCUACGCCUCAUUUAACAGCUCAGCCUAAUGGUCCUGCAUAUGCUGUACCAAUGAUCCCUGUGGACAACGAUGAUGGCAUCCCAUAUGAAGCCAUUGGUGGUGUGACAGGAGAGCUGUUUGAACAAAACGCUCAAAUGUUUAAUCAGAUUUCUUCAAAUUUCGCAGCUUUCCAGGUACAUGAUAAUAUAAAUCUCUUAUGCAAGGCGCGGGACAAUAUACUCACGAUCAUGAAUGAUUUGAAUGACCUGCCGGAGGUAAUGAAGCAAAUGCCUCCGCUUCCGGUCAAGGUAAACGAAGAACUUGCCAACAACAUCCUCAGUCAUUCAUCGCAUCAGAUGAAAUCGUGAUUCGGGGGGAAUUACCGUAUCCAACCAUUUGUCUCGGAGUAAAAUCUGAAAAAUAAGGUUAAAAAAACUGGUUAAAGUAGCUUUCCUUGUGUCCCCCCCCCCCAAAUGAUUUACCCCUCUGCUAAAGUUUGGAUUAAUUUUAGGAACUAUUAGUCAAUGUAGCAUGUGAAUAUUUAGUCC